AUGGAAGAUUUCAACCUAUAUUGCGAGAAUGUUUGUAUCGUAAUGAGCACCCGCUCUUGGCCAUAUCAUUUAAAAAUUCUUCUAUAACACCUCACCUUCUCAGUCUGCACAACUGCCUGCAAGAGUUUUUCAACUUUAUGUUUGCUGGCCUCCAUAAUGAUGUCUUCUACUUGCCUCUAUCUGAACACCUUCAAGAUAUAGAAUGAAAGAUACACACUUCCCCCAUGGGGCUGUGCUUCUGUCUAGAUGCAAGCACUUUGGUCUGUAUAAGAUGAAAGGAGACAAUUUGCUUCAUUGUGAAAAUGGGGAGUGGACACCAAAGCUACCUGAAUGUGUACCCACAACUGUGGUCACUAAUUUUACAGGGGAUGCGCCUCCUACCAUUGAAUACACUAUAGUGAGUGGAUCAGCUGUAGUGGAGCACACAGGGGAGUUGUUUGUGUACCCGGACAGCACAGUGCGCCUCGACUGCAUCACACCGAGGGCACUUGGCGACCCGGAAUGGAGCUGGACACAGGCAGUUGGGCAGCAUAGUUCAGCUUGGUCGAACGAGGAGGGUGAGAAGAACACGCACUACCGCCUCAUCCUCGUGAAGACCUCUGUUCGACACAGCGACCAGUACACGUGCACGGCACCCGGCGGACACACCAACACCGUCGUCGUGAAAGUUGUUAACGUAAUGUGUCCACCUAUAGCGGUGUCAUCGUCACGCAUGCGACAGUUCACCCAAGGCUCGCGCCUCGGAAACUCAGCCCACUUCAGUUGUCAACCGGGGUAUCAUCUAAAUGGUUCAGCUGUACUCACCUGCAUGGGAAAUGGGCGUUGGUCGUCUUUGCCGCCUACUUGUGUGGAAACGUUCUGUCCAAUGCUCAAGUCUUUAGGGGCUCACCUAAGCGUGGUUGAGUACAACUCAUCGUUUGGUGGCCGCGCCAUGUUUCAAUGCAGCUGGGGCUAUAGGCUUGUCGGGGCACCUGGCCUCGAAUGCGAAAUAAACGGAGAAUGGUCUGGAGAAGUCCCACAUUGUAUACCAAUCUACUGCCCUGACCCCUUAAUCCCAGAGAACGGCCGCCUGCUCACCGAACCGUCUGCCAAACAUGAGAAGUACCCAGUGGGCGACCUAAUGAUAUAUUCCUGUGAAGAUGGCUACGAAAUGGUCGGCGAGUCCUCAAUAGUUUGCACAGAAAAUGGCUUUUGGUCACAUCCGCCACCAUUUUGUCUUCAACCCUCUGAGAUAAGAAAGGCAGACACUAUCUUCGUUGAAAACACUACACUGAUUCACGUAGAUGAGUGAUUCAACAUAAUAGUUAUGUUAAGUUAGGUUUGGUUAUCAUUUAUCAGGUACUAGAGAAGAUAUUGCAAUUAUUUAAUUUAUUGAUUUCGUCUUUCACUGCUAUAACUCAUUACAAUAAAACACUCAUUAUUUUGGUUCUACUUUUAUUGAGAUUAAAUUGAAUAGCAUUAGGUACUAAGUUAUGAUCAAUGUGGCUACUGACACUGUUACAUUUAUACUACUUGUUAUGAAUAAAAUUGAUUACAUAUUAA